CGUGAUUUUUUUCUAGUUUUUAACGGCUACGGAUAGGUUUUGUUUUUCAAACUAGCUUCUUGCAUCUCACACACAAUAGUGCGCGCGCGUAGAUAUCGUUCGUUCUAGGUGCGUGAUCGUAAAAGGCCUAUCUGUUAUUGUAGGAAAUGCGGUUUUUGUUUCUUCGGAUUUAGACCGCGAGCCUUUUUGUUGUUUUGUUGAGCUUCCUCGCUGUAUUUGUGUCAGUGCGUGUGAUUUGUGGAUGAGCGCGGGCUUUUCUAGGUCUUCCCGGUGAAUUCUUGAAGGAAGCACCAACUUUCCAACAACGUUGAAAGAAAGAUCGAAGAAGGAUCGAGUGCAUGUUUUUGGAGAUAGCAGUGAUUUGAAAGGCUACCCUUAAGAGAAAAAGCAAGAGAUCAUACUUUGUUCUAAUCAAAUAGAUAUCGAAGUCUUCUGGAGCAAAUGAUCCAAAGUGACGGACGAGUGCAUUUACGUUGAAAGUGAGGGCUAGGCUAGAUCCCACUGCCCGGAUAGUGUCCAGAGAGCCUAGCUAAGCUCAAGUGUCCAGCCAGGGUGCAAAUGUUGCAAUUGGUUCAUUGAGAUCAAUUGAGAUCAACCGCUGCGGGAUCUUCAUUGCUAUUGAUGGUGCGUACAGUUGCAUAGUUUUAAGUGAAGAAACGGGUUGCGCAAUUGAAAAAACGAUUGCCAUAACAAUUGAGUGCAAUUGUCUGGAAACCGUGCAAAGGCUGGAGGGACGAGUGCAUAAAAAUGAAUUUUCAUCAAUUUAUGAAAAGCCCCGAUUAAGAAAUAACAACACGCAUACAGGUUACACGGAGGGAGGGUGCAAUACUCAACAGCAACUAAUAGUGAUGAUCUUUGGUGUAGUGCCCAUAACAUAGUGACAAAUCUCGACUGAAAGCAAAAAAUUAUUGAAGAAAAUACUCAAACAGAAGAAGUUUUUAUCAAAAUCACGUCCAAACUGAAACUUGAAGAAGAAAAUCCAUAACAAAAGAAGACAUAAAAGUAAAAAAAAAACAAUGGCCAUACCAUUUCUGCAACCGGAAGAUGAUGAAGCUGCCCGGCUACACGGAUCAGGAGCCGGUGCAGGUCAUCCCGGGUCCGCCCCCAUGGGAAUGAUGGCUUCAGGUGCUGGGACAGGGUCUUCGGGGAUUGGGGUCGGUGCAGGUCCACCCACCAAUCCGAUACCGAUCAGUUUCGGACCGCUGCCGCCGCCGCCACCGAUGAUGCCCGGUGGCAUCGCCGGAUCUCCGGCACCCAGUGGAACCGGAACUGCAGUCCAGACCCCGCUCAUCGGACCGAUGAACGGGGACCAGCUGGUGCAUCUGUUCUACGAGGCGCUCUACCGUUACUCGAGAGGAGAUACUCCCUCGACACCGAUCUCCCAGUCGCCGCAAAGUUCGUCCUGUAGUCCAUUUACCACCGGCUACUACAGCGGUGCAGGAAUUUCGGGAUCAGCCCCACCAAUCAGCAGCAGCCAGGGGCAAGUGUUUUUUCCGCAGACUCCUACCGGAUUGGGUCCUCCGACGACUCCACUCGGUGUGGGUGGCGGAAACUAUCGAGGUCGAGUGUUCUUCGGCCAACCUACGCCCAGUCCCUCGGGAAGUAGCAGCCACAGCAGCCAGCACAGUGGCAACAGUCCCGCCGAUUCGAACCCGUCUUGCUCCUCGGCGGCACCGAUUUAG